CAGCUGAAUCUGGGACUUGUCUGUCGCGUAAAAAUAGAAACAAGUUCAAUAGAGUUGUGUAUGUGUUAUUUAAGUGGUAGCGAGUAUACGCCCAAUUGUUUAUUUAUAGUUGUUAUUUUGCAUUAUAUUUUGCAAUGGAAGAUAUUUUCCAGUGGUGUAAAGAAGGAAAUGCCCUACAAGUGAGAGUAUGGCUUGAUGAACCUGAGCAUGACAUGAAUCAAGGAGACGACCAUGGGUUCAGUCCUCUCCACUGGGCUAGUAUGAAAGGUCAUACAAAAAUUGUCGAAAUGCUAUUGCUUAGAGGUGCCAGAGUUAAUGCAACAAAUCGAGGUGAUGAUACACCUCUUCAUUUAGCCGCAGCCCAUGGACACAGAGAGAUUGUUCAACUACUUCUUCGUCAAAGAGCCGAUGUUAAUUUUACAAAUGAACAUGGCAACUCACCUUUACAUUAUGCAUGCUUUUGGGCUUAUGAGGGAAUUGCCGAAGAUCUUGUACAUCAUGGCUCAAAGGUUGCAAUUGCAAACAAGUAUGGAGAUACACCUCUUGAUAAAGCUAGGGGGAACUUAGCUAAAAUUCUACACGACAUUGCUGUUGAAGCUGGUCAGGACCUGAAAAAAAUUAAAUUCAAAGAUCAGAGUUGGUUAGGGUUAAAAACUCGUUCAAGGGAUGCCACCCUGUCACGCCACAAAGGUAUUAAUUUUAAAGAGCUUGAUUUAAAAGGAAAGAUAGCAGAAAGUCACAGUGGUAUAACUUAUAAAGGACGCUGGCAAAACAAUGAUAUUGUAGCGAAGGUUUUGAACAUAAAAAACAUUACAGCAAGGAUUUCAAGAGAUUUCAAUGAAGAGUUUCCUAAACUAAGAAUCUUUUCUCAUCCCAACAUACUGCCUGUUAUUGGGUGUUGCAACACACCUCAAAACUUAAUUGUCAUAAGCCAAUAUAUGCCUCUAGGUUCACUAUAUAAUGUUCUUCAUGAAGGACAUGGCAACAUUGUUGUUGACACAUCUCUGGCUCUUAAGUUUGCCAUUGAUAUUGCAAGAGGCAUGGCUUUCUUACACAGUCUCGAGCGUACUACUCCAGAAUAUUUUUUGAACAGUAGGCAUGUUAUUGUCGAGGAAGAUCUGACUGCAAGGUUAAACAUGGCCGAUGCCAAAUUCUCCUUCCAGGAAAAAGGCAGAAUAUAUUAUCCUGCAUGGAUGUCGCCUGAAGCACUGCAGAAAAAGAUUAAUGACAGAAAUUGGGAGGCAUCUGACAUGUGGAGCUUUGCCAUACUGUUAUGGGAAUUAGCUACCCGCGAUGUCCCAUUCCCCGACCAGAGCCCUAUGGAGGUGGGCAUGAGGAUCGCCUUAGAAGGUCUGAGAAUAAGCAUUAAGCCAGGCAUUUCGCCUCAUCUGUCCAAAUUGAUUAAAAUAUGCAUGAACGAAGACCCGGGUAAAAGGCCUACAUUCGAUAUGAUUGUGCCCAUCCUAGAAAAAAUGACGAGAUAAUUUUAACGGACAUUCAUUAUCAGGUCUCUUAAAAUGAUAUUUACUCCUAAUCAGAAUACUCUUUUAAAGUGUGUACUCACCCAGGGUAAUCCUAUUUAAACAGUCUUCUGAUAUGAAUGUGUUCAUUAAG